AUGGGAUUGGACGAGGAGCUUCGGCAAGAGGCUGAACACAGCAACUACGGUGCGUACCAGCAGCGGCAGACCAUAGUGCAGAGUGGCAACAACUUUGAGAUAGCCAAUGAGUUGAAGGCGCGAGUUGUCAGCGUCUUCAGUGUGGGCGGCGGGGUUCAACCGAGUAGAGACCUGCACGGCAGGCAAGCGAGCGUGUGGGAAUGUGUCGCGACUGAGCGUGGGCUCACACGAGAAUGA